GUUAGCAUUACCAGGGAAAAUAGUUGAAGAUGGCAGAGAGAAGGCUGAUUAUAAUGCAGACAAUGGAGAAUUUGUCAUUGUGGUACCAAAACAGACUCCAGGGGAGCACUUUGAAGGUCUUGAUAUGCUGACUAAACUAUUGGAAGCUAAAGGAAAGAAGCCAGCACCCUCGUCAUUGAUUGAGGUUAUUGAUGAUGGUACAUUGGAAGGUACUGAUGAAGCUGAUAAUGAUGAUGACGAUGAAUUAGAUGAAGAUUUUGACUGGCGUAUAGAACAAGUACCUUACAAAGAACAACCAAAAUUAACAGGAGCUCCAAAAUAUGGUUUUGCUAACCAGAAGUCAGGGGUGUUUUCAAGACUUCAGGAGGACAUGGUUUAUAUAGUAGAUUGUAGUGAUCCAGACACAAUGUGUGUAGCAGAUCGACGAGAAGAGCGGAUUCAAGCAGAAAAUGACAAGUUUGAUGAGGAUCAUUACAUAGCAGACAUGUAUGAAGAUGUCCUUAUAAAACCGUUACUGGACUUCCAGCCACAUUGGUGUGAAGAAGUUGAUCUUGUUCAAGGUGGAACACCAGUGGAGAUGGCAGUGGAGUUAACAGAGGAUGAAAAAGAGGUUAUGAGAAAACUACCACGAAAAGAAUAUAUUUUGGAUGUUACCGAGGAAACUGGUGUAUACCUUGGACUAGUGGAUAUUCUCUAUGCAUAUUGUUACAACCAUAGAACAACUGAAGGUGAAAAUAAUUGUGAAUCCGGUUGGACCAUUUGUAAAAUUAGUUCGACACUGUCUUGGUUAGAGGUGUUUUCAAGCUUAGAAGAUGUUGUAAGAAGUUGCUUCCGAAGAAGUAUAUGUUACCCUUUGUAUAGACAAUGGAAACUGAACCAAUCAGUAUUGAAGGAUGUUGUUACUAUAUUACAACUAGGUAGGAGAAGCGUGUUAAAGGUAUUACUGGAGAUACGAGGUAUAUUGAUGGAUCAGGAUUGUCGUUAUGUACUCAAUGACCUCUAUAUAACAGAUUACUGUGUGUGGAUUCAGUCAGCCAGUGAGAAAAAGUUGCAGUCAUUAUGGGAAGCUUUAUCUAAGGUAUUUAUUUUGAUACAAUUUUGGAAAAGAUUACACUUUUUGCUUUAUGGGGCUGCACUGAGUGAUUUCAGAAUACCCAAAAUUAAAGAAAUUUGUCAGUAUUUUUUAUUGAAAUUGAAAAUCAGCAAAGAUGACAUAGGUUUCAACUUACCAGAGCUUGAAAAACUAGCGCAGCACGCAAUGCUCGGUGAAGAAUCCAGCGAUCUAGAAAACCUGACUGACAGAUUAAGUAGCAUUGAUGUAAAUAAGAAAAAUAAGUCAGAAAGUGAUUCUGAAAGUGAUGAAUCUGACACUGAGAGUGAUAGUGAUGAUAUAGACAGUGAUGAUUUAUCAUCAUCAGAUGAUGCGGGUGAUGACCACCACACUGAAGGUGAUAUAAGAAAGGUAACUGGUGUAUCUGGAAAUGGUAAGAGUGAUAUUGACUGUGAAAACAAAAACAUUAGGGAGACAAUCUGUGCAGAGUCACAAGAAUUUGUAGGAGAUGCAGUUGAUACAGGUAAUAGUAAAGUGACUGAUACACAUUGCAGGAAAGGGAAACCAUUAAUUGAAGAAAUAAGUGAUUCUACUGAAGAUAAAGAAAGUGAACAAGUUAAGUCAUUGAAUUCCGUAGGGAAAAGCGAAUCUACAAUGAUAGUUGAAGCUAGUGCUGAACAGGAGAAAUAGAUCAAUUUGUUUCAUUAUCAGUUAUUAACCAGGUUUUCCAAAGGAAAAAACUGGUUAUUAGCUUGAGGUAUGUCGGCGGGCGGGCGGACAGGCGAGCGUAAACAAUUUCUUCUGUGCGCAACUCCUACAUUUCUCAACGGAUUUGACCAAACUUUCACAGAAGCUUUGUCAUCAAGUACCCUGGCGCAUAUUGUAAGGGUUUUGCGAUUGGAUAAUAUUUGACCUAAUUAUGGCCCUUUGUUUUUUUUUCUUAUAUAGAAUAUUAGUGAACAAUUUCUUUCGUGCGCAAGUCCUCCUACAUUUCUCAAGGUAUUUUGACCAAACUUUCUCAGAAGCUUUGUUAUCAAGUGCCCUGGCACAUAUUGUCUGGGUUUUGUGAUUGGAUAAUAUUUGACCUAAUUAUGGCCCUUUGUUUUUUUUCCUUAUAUAGAAUAUAUAGUGAACGAUUUCUACCAUGCGCAACUUCUCCUACAUUUCUCAAGGAAUUUUGACCAAACUUUCACAGACACUUUGUUAUCAAGUGCCCUGGCGCAUAUUGUUGGGGUUUUGUGAUUGGAUAAUAUUUGACAUAAUUAUAGCCCUUUGUUUUUUUUCCUUAUACAGAAUUAUCACUACAGUACAGAUAACGAGGAAUAUGCAAAUUUCUCGGAGGAUCGAGGAAUUCACUCGCAACUCAACGAGAGUAUUUUGCAUUAAAAACGAGUGACUCCGCGUGUGAAACGCGUAAUAAGAGUGACUCCGAGAGAAGAGUUAUAGCGAGUCACUCCGAGAGAGAAUUUCCGCGAGCCUCCAUGUCACUUCCCAGUUAAUUCAAAUAAUUAAUUAAUAAUAAAUUGAAUUUUUUUUAUGUUAUUUUGCAGAUUAAGUUCGUUUCUUGUGUUCCGAAAAUCAGGUUCUUUUUCAUGUUUUAAUAAUAACCAAGCGUCUACCGUUUACUUUACGGAUAACUGGUGAAAGGGCGUAACAACACGUUUUUGUUUUUUCAUUAUUCCCUUUAAAAGGAUACUCGGGCAAAUGACAAAAAUAUUAAAAUGAUUAAAUGUACUCAAAUCACGCUAAAAAUUUUUUUAAAUUCCCAUAUAAAUUCUAUAUAUAUAGAUGUCGACAAAAUCACCUGCCAUGUGACUUGAAGUUAAAAUAAUAGAUAAGUAAGGCAGUCAUGUCAAUUCACGUGUCCAUUGUUCAUUGAGGCCACUAUUGUGAAAUUUUUACGCUGUAACCUGAACUAAAGGCACGAUUAUCGGACCCG